GAGUGGACGCGGCGAUAGCGGCGCGGGUGCGGCGCGGUCCGAGCGCGCGUCGCGGGUGCGUGCGCGCACGGCAAGCCGCAGUAACGCGAACAGCCCCGACCGGCACACACGAUGAUCGCGUUCGCGCUCGUCGCCGCCCUGAUGUGCGCGCUGGCCGGCCGCCUCGGCGCCGGGGCCAGCUUCCACUGCGCCAUGCGGCGCGAGAUAUCCCCCUGCACUUGCCGAAGAGACGAUGUUGGCACUGGCGCCAUACUCGUCGUCUGCCAGCGCAUCAGCACUUACGAGGACAUCGCGCGAGCCCUCACCGGCAAGUUCAGCCCCGAGACCAAGAUCGGUCUCGACAUAUCCUACUCUCAGCUCCCGGACUUCACCGAACACAGCUUCCGAGAACUCGGCCUCUCGAUAACGAGACUCAAACUCAACUUCGACAACCUCAGUGAACUAAAGGAGAGCGUUUUCACGAAGCUGGACUUACUCGACUACUUCAGCUUGGCCGACAACUCAUUCACGGAAAUGCCAAGGCACGUGCUUCGCCAUAUGCCGCACGUCAAGACCCUCGACUUCUGCAGGAAUAAGAUUACUAAAUUGACAGAGGAAGACUUUAAAGAUAUUCAAGAACUGGAGCAUCUAGUAGUGGCCGACAAUCAAAUAUCCAAGAUCGAGAAGCACGCAAUACCGAAGGGCUUAAAGCAUGUUCAUUUGGGAAUCAAUAAAUUGAGCUCUUUAAAUGGAGCUCUUAGGGAUCUUGAUGAUUUAGAGUGGAUUUUCAUUAAUGCUAAUAAUUUAAAAUCUAUCGACAAUGAACUGCCUGUGAAAGCCAAAAGGAUCACGCUGAUACACGCUGCUCAUAAUGAAUUGCAAACUUUGCCUCAAGAUUUGCAGCAAAUGCCGUCUUUAGAAGCUAUGUUUUUCUAUGACAAUCAUAUCAAAUCACUCGACGGAGCGUUGCAGAAAUCGAAGAGGCUUACGAGGAUAGGCUUGUCAUUUAAUAAAAUUGAAAGUUUAGCUGAAGAUGAGUUUGCUGAAACAGAAAUAUUAUCUGAAUUGGAUAUGGCAUACAACCAACUUAGGAUCCUAAAUGGCUCUCUAAGAAGUCUGAAAUCUCUGCGCUAUUUAAAUUUAACUCAUAACUCCCUCACUGAGUUCUCCUUACAAGAAAUUAAAGGACUCAAGCGCUUAUCUGUAAUAGAUCUCUCUUACAACAAAAUAAGCAGCGUAACUGGAAAUAUGAAUCUUGUGGAUGUUGAAACACGAGUAUUGGAGUUGCGUUUGGACCAUAAUUAUAUUCUUAACUUGGGCGGAGCACUGAUGGGUCUUCGUGGUCUGUUGACAUUGAAUUUGAGCAAUAACCAGAUCCAAAAAAUAUCACCUGAUGAUCUUAUAGGCCUAGAAGAUUUGAGACUACUGGAUGUAUCUCACAACCACAUCACAACUUUGGAGGAAACCUCGAAGACGUUUUUGCCGUCGCUUGAGGAAUUGAUCGCUCACCAUAAUAAUAUUACGAUUUUGGACAAAGAUUUUCAUGGCCUGCCUUCGCUCUGCAAAGCCGAUCUAUCCUAUAAUAAGAUUCAAUCAGUGAAUUUUGAAGUUGUUUCCAAAUCAAGAUGUACGAUCAAUGGAGUGCCCAGUAUAUUAAAGAUUUAUCUUCAAGAUAAUCCCGUGUUAUGCGACGAGCGAAUGUACGAGUUAAUCACGAUACUAGGAAGCUUGAACGCGCGAGUUAGCGGCGUAUCAACGUGCGUUGCUACGCAAACUUCGGCGCCCGUUCUGAUGCGAGCGCUCAAUGAUAUAGUCCCCGCUACUCCCGUAAUCGUCGUCACACAACUAGGCCCUGGAGUCCAAAUCGUGGAAGGGCGAGAAGUAGUACCAUCUCAGCUCGCGUAUCAACGAGUGGGCGCGCUAAUCGGGCACAUCAUACCCGAGAGCGACGGCGGUCUGGUGCUGGUAGACCCUCCAGUAACGCUGCCUCCAGAAAACACCAAUGUGGUUGUCAAAUGGCCGGAUGAAAGGAGAGAAAAAUCUCACCCUCUCGCGGAUCACCUGCGUCUACGUGAUCUGAACUCCUCGCCACAGUGAAAGAGUGUCCAGUGCCGGCUCCGCACGCCGACAUCUAAGAACUGAGUGCUUCGCCUUACAAAAUAAUAUGCUGCCUUUGACGUAAACUAGGGCAGAGUGUCUUCUGAUAUGUUUGGAUGUAUAGUUUGCACACAAUUAUUAGCCUUCGCCAUGUAUAUAGGAGUCAUAAUUCGAGGCGUCCUUAACAUUUGGAAUCGUUUAACACGACGAGCGAUGCACAUACCUAAGAUUAUACCUAAGCAUAGAAUAUUGAACAUGAACGUGUAGAUAAAUGAUUUAUUGCCGAUGUUUGUUUGUGUGAUUGUGUUUCCGAUGUAUUCGUAGCAAGUUAAUUUGAUUACUUAUGUCGUCUAUUAGGCCUGUUUUAUGCCGGAGCGGAGCAACAACGUGCGACAAUUAUGCAUAAUAAAUAUGGCAACAUUAAUUUUGGGGUCUUAACCAGAAUGCGUAGUUUAUUUUAUGGCGAGACAUAGUGCUGUAGAAUCGUAAAAUUAUGGUGCGAUAGUUUAUCGACUACAUAUUUAUUCUUGCUACGUUUUAAAUGAUUGUGCCAUGCGGCCCUGUGACUUGUUGUAGCAUGCCGCAAUGUUGCAUUUUGCUUGUUUUGGCGUAAAUGAAGUUUUAGAAUAAUAUUAAUAAACAAAAAAUUAGUGUCUCAAGGUUUAUUUCGUGUAGAAAAGCGUCGCACUCUUCAACUAUUCUAAUAACAUCACAAAAUACUGUAUAAAUCGUAAAAGUUGUACCUAAAAUAAUUUAUGUAAUGUAUAUUAUUAAUUUUAUUAUUAUAGAAUAAAGAUGUUAGUGUAAUUUAUAUUGGUAAUUAACAUAUUAUGUAGGGGAAAAAUAAAAUAUAAUUAUUAUGGAAUACAGGCUCACUAUAAAAUUUUGAGGUGUUUGAUAAGAGUUGAAAGUUUGUAGGUGAUGAUUUUUCUGUGACGCCUGAUUAUACUUUUUAAAAGAAAUAGCAAUGCCAAGUGCUGACUUGUUUUCAAGUUAAAAAUUGUGACAACGGAGCAACCUAAGUUUAUCUGCAACAAAUUGUAUUCCGACAGAAUCGUCUGGACUACAUUAGAUUAGAUAGUUUUUUUGUAGUUUGCGAUAUUAUAUUGUUAUUAUUAUUAUUUAUCAUAGACUAAGCAUCUUUCGCUGAUACGUCUAUAUCGAAGUGCUUCGAGUUUUCCAAAUGUUUGUCCAGUUUAUUCUUGAACUGGUUAACAGAGCUUGAGGUAACCACACCCUUGGGCAAUUUAUUCCAUAGGUAUAUGAACAACUCUCUUGGUCAGAACGUAUUUUAAUCUAUUUGACGAUGCCAAUUGAUAAUUAAUUUGUAGCUUCAUAUCAUGCCCCCCUUAGUCUAGGAUUGCUCCUUCCUGUAAACAUGCUCUCAAAAUUUGGGACAUUAUAAUAAUUAUUUAGGAUUCUCUAUGUUUCAAUUAAAUCGCCUCUUUCUCGCCUGCUUUGAGGGCUGAAUUCAAGCUUUGUAAGUCUUUGUUACUAGGGAAUUUUUUUAGUUCCCUAGGCAACUUAUUGGCUCGCCUCUGUGCCCUUUACAACAAUUCUAUAGCUAUGCUUAACCUUAAAAACUUUAAGCUUUUAUUAAGCACUUCCACAAAGUGUAGACUAAUAGGUUAUAUUACUAGGACAGAAAUAAAUAUCUUGCUUCUGAACAUUAUGUACCUGUUACCUACCAUGAUACCUACCAUUAGGUUAUGAGGUUGAAAACAAUUUCGUAUUUUUUUACUGUCGAUAAACACGCGUUUUAUGUAUUUCUUCCAAUUACUUGUAUACCAAUACCCUACAUACGUAACAGUUACUCCUUUACCUAUAAUCGAAACUUGAAAAAGCCAAAUAUAUUAAUUGUUUGUAGCUAUAAUUGCCACUGUAUGGAGAUAAAUAAGGAUUGUAGUUGUUGUUUGGAAUAAAUAAUACAAAAAGA